AUUUUACAUAUUUGCAAAUGUGCUUGUACAAGGUGUGAAUUGUGUCGAGUUUUGUUUCCUUAAUUAAAUUAAUUUUGAGAACCAAUUUAAUAAAAAAAAGCCUUAACGGUUUUAAUUCUGAAAUAAAUUAUCACAGCAUGUCUGGCAGAGGAAAUAUACUAAGUUUAUUUAAUAAAAAGGCGGGUCCCUUGAUUAUUUCAUCUUUGAGCGAUGAUCAUGAUCUUGACAGUGGCUUGGAUGUCGACCAUUCAGGUUCAAGUGGAGAAUCUUUUCGACUAGAAAAGGAUAUGGAAUCGGAUCUUAUAACCACUCUGCAAAACUUUAACAUUUCGGUCGGUCGAGGGCGUGCCCAGCUUAUACGUACAUUAAAAAAAGAUGGCCCCACAACAUUAACAGAAAAUGAUCCUGAUGAAUUAAAAGAAUUCAAGAAUUUGAAAGAUAACCACACUAAAAAUUCAAAAUCGCCGCCAUUAAAACCAAAUACUUCAAGAAAUGACUUUUUUUAUCCCACGGUAGUGCAUGGAUCAAAAGGUUCAUCAGUUAAUAUAUCGUGUAAUUACUUAGAGCUAACGACUGAUGGAUCAAAAGGAGUUUUCCAUUACGAAGUACGUUAUUCCCCUCCCGUUGAUUCGGUUCAUUUAAGAAUGAAGUAUUUAAACGAUCAUAGGGAUAAGCUCGGAGAAACGAAAACAUUCGACGGCAUUACGUUAUAUUUACCAAUUUUGUUACCAAAUCAAAUGACCGUCCUUGUUUCAAAAGUGGAAGAUACGGAGGUGCAAAUUCGAAUUUUGUUCAAAAAAAAAGAGGACCUUAAGAAUUGCAUACAUUUGUAUAAUAUUUUGUUCGAUAGAGUUAUGAAAACGUUAAAUUAUGUAAAAUUUGACCGGAAACAGUUUGAUCCCACUCGUCCAAAAAUUAUACCUCUGGCUAAGUUAGAAGUUUGGCCAGGCUAUGUUACAGCCGUUGAUGAAUACAAAGGUGGUUUAAUGCUUUGUUGCGACGUUUCGCACCGUAUACUUUGUCAAAAAACUGUUUUAGAAAUGUUGGUUGAUCUAUAUCAGCAAAAUGUAGAUCUUUACCAAGAAUGCGCCAGAAAGACAUUAAUUGGAAACAUAGUCUUAACAAGAUAUAACAACCGUACAUAUAAAAUAAAUGAGAUUUGCUUCAAUCAAAGUCCGAAAUCCGAGUUUCAAACCAAAAUUGGGACCACAAGUUAUAUGGAAUAUUACAAAAAAUACCACAAUAUAAACAUUAAAGAUAUUAAUCAACCAUUGCUACUUAGUAUAAAGAAAUCAAGAGCAACACCUCAUGACCAAGAAAGUAUACAGUUCUGUUUAAUUCCAGAACUGUGUUAUCUGACUGGGCUGCGGGAUGAAGUUCGUUCAGACAACAAACUUAUGCGUGAGAUAGCAACUUUUACAAGAGUUUCGCCAAAUCAACGACAGCUGGCGUUAAAUAAGUUCCACCAAAAUGUCUCAAAAAGUCCGGAAGCUCAAAAAAUACUGAACAGCUGGGGUCUUUCACUAACCAUAAAUUACAAUAAUUUGAAAGGACGUCAAAUGGAAGCAGAGCAAAUAUAUUUUUCGAAAAUGAACGUGUCAGCCGGAAAAAAUGCGGAGUUCUCCAAAUAUGCUGUCAGCAAUGAAAUGCUGGAAGUAAUUCACCUUAACAAAUGGAUUAUAAUUCAUUUGAGGAAUGAUACACGAGCUGCAACUAACCUACUUGAUAAUAUGAAACAGUGUUGUAAGCCUCUUGGGAUGAACGUUUCUAAACCAACAAUGAUUUCUUUGGACCAUGAUCGAAUCGAUGCAUACAUCCAAGCUUUGCGACGAAACUUAACUAUGGAUGCACAAAUUGUCGUCUGUAUUUGCCAUAACAGUAGGGAUGAUCGAUAUUCUGCAAUAAAAAAAAUAUGUUGUUCGGAAUUACCAAUACCAUCACAGGUCAUAAUUGCGAAAAAUUUGUUAAACGAAUCAAAAAAUCGUUCUGUUGUGCAAAAGAUUGCUCUACAAAUGAAUUGUAAAAUUGGAGGAUCAUUAUGGACGGUUAAAAUACCUUUUAAAAAUGUCAUGGUUUGCGGUAUCGACUCCUAUCAUGACCCAUACAAUCAAGGAAGCUCUGUUGCUGCAUUUGUGGCGUCUCUCAAUUCGUCGUACACCCGUUGGUAUAGUAAGGCUGUCGUGCAAACAAAAAGUGAAGAAAUUGUGAAUGGGCUAACUGCUUCUUUUGAAACUGCUUUAAAAUUAUAUCAAAAAACGAAUGGCAAUCUACCCGAAAAAGUCAUUAUAUACAGGGAUGGAAUUGGAGAUGGUCAGCUAUGUACAUGCUAUAAGUAUGAAAUUCCACAGUUUGAAAUGGUUUGUGGAGAUCGGAUCAAAAUUUCAUUUAUUGUGGUCCAAAAGCGCAUAAAUACUCGAAUUUUUAUGGGGAGCGAAAAUCGAUUUGAAAACCCGUUGCCAGGAACUAUCGUUGAUAAACAUAUAACCAGAUUGAGGAUGUACGAUUUCUUUUUGGUUUCGCAAUUGGUACGACAGGGUACAGUUACCCCCACUCACUUUGUUGUACUAAGAGAUGACGCCGAUUAUGGACCGGACAUAAUUCAAAAGUUGAGCUAUAAGCUAUGUUUCUUAUAUUACAAUUGGGCUGGUACUGUAAGGAUUCCAGCUUGUUGUAUGUAUGCUCACAAACUGGCUUUUUUGAUUGGACAAAGUAUUCAACGAGAUGUGGCCGAUUCGCUUUCGGACAAACUUUUCUAUCUCUAAAAACCCAACGAUUUUUGUAUCGCAUUGAAUAAAACGCUUUGUAUUAUAUUAUAUUUUUAACUGUGGAACUUAGUAAGUAUCUAAACCCGUUACUCGUGGAAUAAAAUGGUAAACGGUUGGAAAGUA